AUCCAUCCGUCCAUCCGUCCAUCUAUCCAUCCGUCCAUCCGUCCAUCUAUCCAUCCGGCCCGCCAUCUGUCGAAACGAUCCGACAUGCAGCCUGAGCAGUCUGAGCAGUCUGAGCGGUCGCUCGGACCCAACAUCAGCCACUCGGAAUAUGUCGCCGAUGGCUUCGUCGCCCCCAUCGACAUCUACACACUGACCUCGUCUGAUCGCUUGAGCCGCGUCGUGCUCAGUUCGCUUGGGGCAGCCAUCUCCCACUUUAUCGUGAGCGACAGGGAUGGCAAGGAGAGAGACGUCGUCCUUGGAUUCGACAAUCCCAACGACUAUCUCUCCUCGGUAUUCUACUAUGGCGCCUCGAUCGGCAGAGUCUGCAAUCGCAUUGCCAAGGGGCGCUUCGAUCUCGGAGGACAUACCUACCAACUCGCCAUCAACAACGGCGUCAAUCACCUGCAUGGCGGCCUGGUUGGCUUCGACAAGCAAAACUGGAAGUCCUGCGUGAUCUCGCAGUCACCGCCCACAAUCGAGUUCACUCUGGUCUCGCCCGGUGGACAGGAGGGUUAUCCGGGUACGCUGCAAACCAGCAUCGUUUUCACACUGGAGGAUGCAGGUGCCUUGGCCAUGACCUUCGCUGCCAGCCUGGACGGCAGCAAAUCCGACCAAACGAUCGUCAAUCUCACCAACCACGCCUACUUCAAUCUCUCGGGCCUCACCCGACCGAAUGUGCUCGACCACGUCGUUCGCCUCGAGAGUAGCGAGUUCCUGGAGCUGGAUGAGACCCAGAUCCCAACCGGUAGAAAGCUCCCGACGGUCGAUCCGAGCUGCAUGAACUUUGCGGGCGCAGGCAAGACCCUGGGCCAGGAUAUUGGAGACGCCUAUCUGGCGACUACCAGGGGCUACGAUCAUUUUUUCCUCGUCCCCAAGCAGCAGGGCCAGCCCACUGUUCGUGAAGUAGCCACGGCGCAUUGCCCUUCGACCGGCCUGACGCUGCAAGUUCUUUCAGAUGCGCCAGGAUUCCAGCUCUAUACCGGAAAUUGGCUGCAGAACGUCCGGGGCAAGGCAGAUCAGCAACAUGCCGUAACUGGGCCGUAUGCAGGUUUCUGCAUCGAGGCAUCGCAGCCCCCGAACGCUGUCAACAUGCCCGAGUAUCGACCAGCCGUCGUUCUGGAAGGCUCGCAGCGUUGGGGCCAGAAGACCGUAUAUAUUGUCCGUGCCAGCUGAUAUUGGUGUCAAUCCGAUCCAAUUCGCCCCGUUGCGUAUCAGGACAACUGCACAUGCGAACACGGCGUCGGCUUGUCUCUCUGUGGAUUUGUUGAGGGAACAUCGGAUACUUGGAGGGAAUUGGUAUUCUGCCUGCGCCGUGCUCGAGCAUAGGCAAAUUGUUGGUUCUUUCAGGCCGCGCCGGAUCAGAUGGCCCAUCCAGAGGGGAGAGAGCUAGGCGCAAAGCUUGUUAUGCGCUCCUCAUCGAUGCCGGCUUGUUUCCGGACGGCUGGCUUGCUACCGAGUGAGCUCGUCUGCUAGCCAUUCCAGACCUUGAUGGACACCCUGGCAGUAAAGGGCGCUACAUGGGCUAGAU